AUGCAUCGGUCCAGGCUCCCGAUAGUUGAGAAGUACGAGAGCAAACCGACCUCGCCCAACACAGAUACUGGUCAUUCAUCCGACCGUCUGGCCAACGCUGCAGAGGAGGCAGUCGCAGUGGAACCCGCCGCGUCACACAAAGUGCAACCAGGAUCGGGAGUUCCGUCCCGGCAUCGGUUGGUCUCCGAGACUCUCUGGAGCGCGCGCCGUCCCGGCUGGGCGCGGGAGCGGGACGGGGUCGGACACAGCGGCCAUAUCAUUCGAAAUCUGGCCAGCCAUCGGACGAACCAGGGAGCUUGCCGAUUUCCAGAUCACCGUGAAAAUCACAGAGUGGACAUCACGGGCGGCUCCAAACCGGGAAAGACUGCUCAUGACCUGGACACGUCAAUCUCAAUGCCCCCCGGGCGAGGGAUGAAAGAUUGA